UUGCCCGGGUUUCCGGCGGCUCCGGGACUCGUGGUGUUCCGGGCGAUGUCUUGGUUUCGAGCGGCUCCGGAGAACGCGAGCCCUGGAGACCAGGACGUGUUUGACGAGGAAGCGGACGAGUCUCUGUUAGCGCAGCGGGAAUGGCAGGGUCACAUGCGGAAACGAGUCCAAGAGGGUUACAGAGAUGGGCUAGAUGCCGGCAAAGCACUUACUCUUCAACGGGGCUUCAAUCAAGGGUACAAAGAGGGUGCAGACGUCAUUAUAAACUAUGGACUCCUUAGAGGAACACUGAGUGCUUUGCUUUCCUGGUGUCACCUUCAUGGUAAUAGUUCGACUCUGAUCAGUAAGAUAAGUAACCUCCUGGACACAGUUGACCAGUGUGAAGAGUGUGUGCUCAGACGUCUGAAAUCGGUUACAUCACAGCCACGAGUUACGGAUUUAUUGGACGCCAUUGAGGAUAUGGACCUUUGUCACGUAGUUCCGUCAGACCAAGCGAAAGGUGACAGUAACGCUGAGAUUAACACCGAUUCUGACAGUCCAAAUGGGAUGGGUUGUUCACAUCCAGAACAUUGUAGACCAAAAGAGCAUGCACAUUUGGAAAAACCAAGCCUCUCUUGGAUUCUGGAGCAGACAUCCAGUUUAGUGAAACAGCUGGGAGUACCGGCAGACAUAUUACAGCACCUGAGACAACUAUAAAAUUACCUCCCCAUUUCUAGUGGAAGUAAUGCUCAGUUAUUACUUAGAGCAUUGUGUUCUGGAUAAGGUAACGCUGAUUGAACGAACACUUCCCCUGUAGUUACCCUUUGUGGACGGAAUUGUUAAGGGUCUUCAGUAUUAACACUAGUAAAUGGAAUGACAUUGGUAAAUUGUUUAGUUUUAGAUACACUCAGAAAUCCUUGUCAUUUUCAAAUUUCUAAUCAAAAUCAAUCAUUUUUAGACUAGCAAAAGCCAAGCAUUUUAGAACAAGGAAAAUAAAAUCUAAUGCUGCUUUCUGCUUUUGUUGGAAUCAGGGCCUCUUCACCAGCAAGCAAGCCAGAGUUGCCAGAAGUAACCUGAAAGCUAGCAUAAAUAAGGAGAAGCAGAUCUAUAGAUAGCUAUACAUUAAAGUCAAGAGACUGUAGAAACUGACACAAUAUUUAUAUUAUUGAAUGAAUAAUAAAAAGCAAAGUACUAAAACUGACCUAUUUAUGUAUUUAUGAUUAAAGAUGUUCAAUUUCAUGAAAAAAAUUGAAAAAAAAAAACAGUUUGUGCUAAACUGUAAAGAAAUGAAACUACUUAGCAUUCUAGGUAAUGAGGACUUGGCCACAUUUUCUCAAACUGUAACAAACUAUUUCUGUCUGAACUGCAAUUUUACUUGUUAUUUACAUUGGGAUUUUUAAAAAGGGCAAAAAACAGUACUGCUUUGACAGGAACGAAAUGCAUAAUCUAGCAUAGACAGACUCACAGUCAGAUUUUUGUUCCAUGACCCAGGAUCGGGAAAGGAGUUUUUCAUCACUUUUCCCCACCUGAAGUUAAUAUACAACGCCUGACUGAGAGCCAUCCAGGUAAUUACCCCUUACUGACAGCUUCGGUUGCUGUCUAACCAGUAUUUAGCUGUGCUGAAAGAUGCAUUCCUGAGAGACUGGCUGGAGGACCUUGUAAAGGCCCCUGGUUUCAGUCCCUGCUUAAAACGCACAGAACAUUAAGAGAUUGUGUCAGCAGAAUUUGAAAUAGUGUUGUAGAUAUACUAAUUCAUGCUUCAAGUAUCAAAGUAACAUUUGAUGGCUGGGUUUUUAUUUUAAAACCUCGUGGUACUAGGGAUUGAACCUAGGACCUUUUGAACAAUUCCCAUAUUGAAAUGUCAAACCCACAGAAUAUUAAAGUCUUUCAAGUGUCAGUGUUGCUCUACAUUGUAUUUUCUAUAGACAUAACCAUCUCUAACAGUGAUAGCCACUCUUAAGAUUUGAAUGUAAUCUUGAGAUUUUUGUCUAGAUAUAACCUGAUAAGAUUCUCUAAAUGGAAAAUCCCUUGCCAUCAUUACUUGCGUAAAGUAUCAUUACACUAAAAGUCACAGAAGAUGAAGUUGGGUAUUAGCUGUGAGAGCUAGAGGGGUGGCUCAGUAGCUAAAAGCAUCUGCUGCACACCUACUAUCCACUUCAAAAUUAAAUGUGGUCCCAAGCAUACAUUAACCCCAGGGGCUUGGGGGACCUGGAAGAUUGCAGGCACUUGCUGGCUUGCCCCAGGGAGAGUUUGUAAGAUGCUGAGUGACCCUGCCCCCGAGUUAUUUCUGAUUGGUAAAUAAAGAGGCCUGCUGAGUGGAAGAGACAUAAGUGGGGUUUAGGUUUCAUGGACUUGGUGUCAGAGGAGAACCAUGAGGGGAAGAAGAGUACAAAAAGUGUGGUCCUUAGAGCUAGCCAAUUGAAGUUUAAAAUAGCCCAAAUAAAACCUCAUACAUAAUAACUCAGGGUUAUCAAUAAAUAAAUUUUAACAACAUAGAGGAUAGACAACUGCUCAGCUUUUAUACUGUUUAAGUCUUAUAAAUAUCUAAAAAAUAAAUGGUCUAAGGCAAGAUAAAUUCCUGGAGACAUAGUUUCUACAACACAGAGGUUGCUAGGGGGACCUCUGAUGCCCUCUAUCUUCUGUGUGUGCAAGCAAAGACAUAUACCCAUACACCACACACAAAAGGCUGUUGGCUUAGGGGGAGAAACUCUCUUGCUUUUUCAAAAAGUUCUAGAGUAGUUCAACCAGAAACAGUAAAGGAGAAUCUACUUGACUGUUGCCUUUUGCUUUGCUUUCUAUGCUGGGAGGCAGCCAGGUCUCAUGAAGAGGCCCUAGGUGAAUGUAGAUGGGAAGGCAAGGGUGCCCUGCAGCUGUGACCAGAGUGUCAUGGCCUGAGAUUGCAUCUGAAGUAAGUUACUUAUGGCACUGACACAUCUAGAUCUUUUUAAGCAAAUAUGGAAGGGGGGCUUUCCUGACACUUAAGUCAUUAGAACUACUAAGGCCACCAAAUUAUGAUUUGCAGAGUAAGUAGCCAGCUGAAUUAAUCUACAAGCAUCUUUAUUUGCAGCCAUGCACCACUUGCUGGGGAUAGAUUUUGAGAAAUGUAACCCCGGGGAGUUCCAUUAAACAAAUAUAAAAAUAUAUAAAGUGUUUAUGAUGUCACAAAGAGAUGGGGCCUUAUGGGACCAUAUUAUAUCUCAUUUUUGGCCAAAACAUAACUAGGUGGCACAAUGACUAUCUGCCAAAGUGCUUGCUAACUGCUUUCAUGGUAAACCCAGAUAAAGACCAAAUUGUGAUUCUCACCCUAUUCACAGUAAGGUUUUUAUUGCUUUGUGCUCUAGUCUAAGACCUAGGGGAAAUAGUUACAUGUGUGUGUGUGUCUUUAACUUAAUUUUUUUAAAUUAUUCCCAAGUUUGGCCAGUAGAUGAAAUAAACAUAUGCUGUUCAUAAACUACCA